AUGUGGAGGAAAGUCGGUAUACAGCAUGCUUCAGAGUCUGUGUUUGUGAGACUGUGUUACAAACUUGGGUUCCCACAACAAGUGAUUAUGAGGAGGGAGAUCGUGGACAUCGAUCAGAUAUUGAGAAACCAAAUGACACUUUCAAGAGACGAAGACAGGAUGAUGGCCAGUGGUAGUAGCAGAGAAGGAUUCAGGCUAAAAGAAUCAGAUGUAGACGUUAUGCGCUGGCCAAAUGACCACAUGGUAAUAUGGGAGUUAAACCAGGCUCAGAAUUACGACUUAAGUAGAAAAACAUUGAUUAUCUGUGAUUGUUCUGAUAGCCCACCAGGAUUUUCUUUACUUGAAUUACUGACACCAACACAUAGGAAAUAUUUAGGAAAUGCAUGUAUAAGAAUAAACAGUAGACUCUAUGUAUCGAGUUCAAAAUAUAGACAGAUUACAUGUUCAAAAGAUGUGCCCAAUUCUAAGGAGCAUGGUCCAUGUAGUAGUGGUGUUAAAUGGGGAACAGAGUAUGACCAUGCCCACUGUCUUGCCUGUGAUUUUUGGCCUCCUCCUGCAUCCCAAUGGAUAGACAGAUAUUUUGAUAAAAAAUUCAGUGACGAGGAUAAAUUAUUAUGUUCCUAUCACAUGAAGACAGCAGUUUUCUGGGUGAUUCAACAAAACACAAUACCUCAUUGGCAUCCACAAAAUCUCCUGGAGAGUUUUUGGGUCUGUUUUAAGCUUAUCCUUAAAUGGGUGUAUGAAGGGGUAUGUCCAAACUUUUUUAUUCCAGAAAACAACAUGUUUCUGAGUAAUAUCCAUGGUGAAGCACAAAAGAAUUUAUUCAUUCACCUUCAUGAAUUUUAUGAGAAGGGUAUAACAUCAUUGCUUCGUAUUCCAUCUAUCAGGUCCAGUUUUCCAAGUGUCCAUCUAAAUCCCAGACAAUUUGUUGCCACAGAUGUACACAUUCUGACCUCUAGGGUUUUAUUGGAAGUAACUCUAUUCCAUGAGUUGUUUGUCAAAAAUCUACCGGCAUUUAACCUGCACCGAUGUAUGAGGUUCUUCAAUGCUCUAGAGAAGUUGAUAAGUUCACACCUGACUAAGAACCAGAUUCUCAUACUACGGAAAUUUACAGUCACUGUACUCCAGAACAUAGCUUUUAUGUUAUACAACUGUUUAUAA